AUGGCAAAGUCAACCUUUCAAAGCCUGGUGUUUGUGGCUACCCUGAGACUCGGCCUAGCUGCGCCGAUUUUCGAUGACCUCGAGCCUCGCCGAAACUAUAUCGCUGAAGCGGGACUAUCCAUCACGGAUAACUUUCAUCCUCUGAUCAGAGUCCCACUGAACCGCGAGGCGCUUCUUCAUCCGCCAUUUCCAAUUGCCCAUGACGAUACAGAAAAUCGGCAAGCUGGCACGGGGACCGACCAUAUCAAGGCAAUCCCUCUGCAGACUGAAUAUUUGAUGCAAGUGGGUAUUGGUGGCAGCAACUGGUCGAUGAUCCCCGAUACGGGAAGCUCAGACACAUGGCUCAUGUCUUCAGCUUACCAAUGCCUUGAUCGAUCACACGCGCCUCAAUCCCAGCUGUAUUGCAAUUUUGGCCCUUCAUAUGGAGGCGAGUUCUCGGGUGGAAAGAUUUCGGACCAGCAUAUGAAUAUCACAUAUGGUGGUGGAGAUUCUUUGAAUGGCGACUUCGGAUACGCUGAUGUCACUGUAGCUGGCAUCACCGUCCCACGUCAACAGAUGUCUCUCGUGACGUCGGCCAGUAUUCGAGGGAAUGGACUAUUCUCAGGUAUACUAGGCUUGGGACUCCGCGGGCUCACGACUGCAUAUCUGGGGACAGAUCCCUCCAAGGACAACGAUGCCAAUGCUGCAAGAUAUCCACCGUUGGUUGAGACCAUGAGCUUGAACGGCACCGUGUCGCCCGUGUUCAGUAUUGCCAUGUCUCGUGACGAUGACCGGUCCUUCAUCUCUUUCGGCGGAGUUCCGCCUGCGGUCAAGACUGGAGAGUUCGCUACCACACCUAUCUCUAAGAUCAGCAUCAGCGGCAAACCGGCAGAAUACCUAUACUACGGUCUGCGCCCAGAGAGUGUCACGUUCAAUAACACGGAAACUGCUUCAAACUGGACAAAGCCUACUCUUAUGAUCGUCGACACCGGGACGACACUCGCCUACUUCCCCAGAGACGUAGCAGACAACAUCAGCAGCCUCUUCUCGCCGCCGGCAGAGUAUUACGGCAGUGGUACCUACGUUGUGCAGUGUGAUGCUAUCCCACCCACUGUGGAAAUAGGCAUCGGGGGCAAGAAGCUCAGGAUUGACCCCAGCAGCCUUAUCCUACCAGAGACAAGGACCCCUGAAUUUGAUGCUGACUAUUGCACCACGGGGAUCGCGAGGGGUUCGGGCACCUACAUACUUGGUGAUGUCUUCUUGCAGGAGUUGUUAGUUGUGUUUGACGUCUCGGACAAGAAGGAGAUGAAGUUUGCGCAGAGAACCGACAAGGUGGGUUGA